AUGUCUAAGGUACUCACCAAUUUCGGCGCCACCAGCAGCCAGGGUAGCUCCGAAUUCAAGGUCCGGGGUAUCACCCGCAACAUUAGCAAGAAAUCGGCACAGGACCUGGCUAAUCGCGGUGUAGAUGUUCCAUCCCAAAACCUGUUGAUACCAGGCGAGACUCCGACUGUUGCCAACAAUGGGCUAUCAUAA